AUGUCUUCUCGUCUCUUACACCCAGACGAGUACGAGCUUGCCUCGCGUUCCUCACUCGACUCCGAGGGAACCUUCAAUCUCGACGACGAUGACUUCGAAUCGCAAGUCCCUCCCUCCUCCCGAUUCGGACGCCAUCGAGCCUCCUGGAUCUCGCGCCUCUUCUCCUCCCUCCCGGGAUACUCUCGCGUGAAGACCAACCACAGACCAAUCUUCGCGCGCCAAUCGCGCCGAACCUAUCUCCGCCGCUGCACCCCCCCGCCGCCGCUUUUGCUACAUCCACGUCGUGUUCCUCAUCAUAUCCGCCCUCGUGAUUUACAAAAAUCCACGCAAAAAAGCACAGCGCCCGGCCGAGGGAACCCACACGAGCAAAAAGUGUUUAUCGCAGCAAGUCUAUAUGACCGAGACGGUGAGCUCGCGCGCGGACAAUGGGGUGCGCAAUUACUAGAAUUGAUUGAAUUUCUCGGCGCGGGAAAUGUAUACGUGAGCAUCUACGAGAAUGACAGCGGCGAGGAGGGACGCGCUGCACUGCGCGAGUUGGAACAACGCAUUUUAUCCGAUAAAUCAAUCGUGUUCGAAGAACAUCUAGACUUGAAAACGAUACCAACCGUCACGAUCCCCGGUGGCGAAAACCGCGUCAAGCGAAUUGAAUACUUAGCGCAGGUCCGGAACAAAGCACUCAAACCUCUGACCGAGAAUCCGGACAUUCGCUACGAUAAAAUCCUCUAUCUAAACGAUAUCCUCUUCGAUCCGGUUGAUGCACUCCAAUUACUCUUCUCGACAAACGUCGACGAGCACGGCUUCGCGCAGUACCGCGCUGCUUGUGCGGUGGACUUUGACAAUCCGUUCAAAUUCUACGAUACUUACGCCACCCGUGAUCUGCAAGGGUAUAGCAUGGGGUUGCCUUUCUUCCCGUGGUUCUCGAAUGCUGGCAAUGGCGACAGUCGCAAUGACGUCUUGCAGGGUAGAGAUGCUGUCCGCGUCCGGAGUUGCUGGGGAGGCAUGGUCGCCUUUGAUGCGAAGUUCUUCCAGACUGCACCCUCCUCUCCGGGGGUGACUCCUGUGCGCUUCCGUUCUGGGCCGGAUCUCUUCUGGGAGGCUUCGGAGUGCUGCCUCAUUCAUGCGGAUAUUCAAGACCCCCAGACUGAUGUGGAAGCGAUCACAGAUACGGGAGUUUAUAUGAACCCGUAUGUGCGUGUUGCAUAUGAUGCUCGCACUCUUCGUUGGCUGGGCGUGACCCGCCGAUUUGAACGGCUGUACUCACAUAUUCACAAUAUUGGCAAUCACCUCGUGGGCUUACCGUGGUAUAAUCCGCGACGUGACGAGGGGGUUGGUCAGAGUGUGCAGGAGACAGUUUGGGUCUCUGAUACUAGUGCUGAGGGUGGGGGAUCCUUUCAGGUGGUGGAUCGUACUGCUGGGAAUGAUGGGUAUUGUGGGAGGAGAGGUUUGCAGGUUAUUGUUGAGGAGCGUAAACCUGGUCAGAAGGGUUAUGAGAGUAUUCCUGUGCCAUCAUGA